UAUGCACCUGUCCUUGGGCAACCUGAACUUAUUAGGAAGUUGUUAGAAAAAAAUUCAGGUAAUCAUAACACUUUUUCAUAGCUCAUUUGGUAGCAUUUUUAUAUUUUACUCUUACCUUUAUGAGGAUUGCUAAAAGCAAUCACCAUAUGAAAAAAUGUCUGUACCUUCUACAAAAAUCAAAACAUUUCCACAGGUGGCUCAAUGUCCCAUGCAAUGAAAGCAAACCAUAACUACCACUUUCUCAGUGCCUACCAUGUGCUGAGAUUUGGGGUAAGCAGUUUACACGUAUUAUUUCUAAUUUUUACAAUAAUGCUAAAAGAGAGGGUCCCAGGAAACAGGCGCUGAGGAGACCGUGCAGGAGGCUUACAGCGGAGGGCUCUUCAGAACAGCACUUGUGAGCAAACGAGGAGCAGGGCGGGGCAGAGAGAGGAGUUGAAGUAACUCACAGCUGCAGCAGAGGCCUCGGUUAAUCCUAAAGUGAAGUAUGGAACCUGGAUGACUCUUCAGAGUUGCCCUGAAUUGAGGCAAGGAGGCUGUACCUUUGUAUUUCAGCACUGACCAAUCACUGGGUCCAGGAUGCCACUGGAGAGGGAGCCUAACCGUGGGCAACGGGAAAUUCCUGGGAGGAAUCCAACCAGAAGCCAUCAGCGAUCAGUGCUCCAGGCAGCUGGUGAAGAUGCACCAGCGUCUCAUUCCUGGAGGAGGGGUCCGGGAAGUGUAUUACAUAUCACAGAAGAUACAUGAUGCAUCGCUAUUUAAAAGAAAAGAGAACUAAGAGAAAGGUAAGAGCUUAUCCAAGGUCACUAUCAGAGUGUCCUUAAUGCAAAUUCAUGUUAGCUUUCAAAACUAGGACCUGGUAUGCUUCUCUCGUGCAGACACUGAAAAGUACAGAAAGUCACUGUAUUUACCUUUUUGCCAUGGUUGCCAGGAAGUUCAUAGCUCAUUUUACUAUUUAGCUGAAGUAACCAUAUUUACCUGGGUUACUGCUAUACUCCCUGUACUCUGAUUUCUCAUUUUCUGAUUCUAUUUUUAGCUUUCUUCAUAUGCAUAUUCCCUUCUUUGUAUAUCUAUAUUAUACAUUACAAGACAGUCCGUCUCAUCCUCAUCACCUCUAAGAAGAGUAUCCAAAUCAUUUACACAUCAAGUGAACAACGGCAGGCAUAAAAUAAUGGACACUCCGUGGCCUCCUUUGGUGUUGGCGCACAUCAGUGGGGUCACAUCAAGCAAACCUGGAGCAUCCCUGGUCUACCCCAUGCCCUCCCGGAAUGUGUCACUGCGGCUGCAGGGCCUCCAGGAGAAAGACUCCGGACCCUACCUCUGUUCUGUGAACUUGCAAGACAGUCAAGGCACUGUUCGAGGUCACAGCAGCAAGACUUUAGAACUCAGUGUGCUGGUUCCCCCAGCUCCUCCAUCCUGCCGCCUCCGGGGCGCGCCCCACGUGGGGACCAACGUGACCCUGAGCUGCCAGUCCCCAAGGAGUAAGCCCGCUGCCCAAUACCAGUGGGUGCGGUCGCCCCCAUCCUCCCAGGUCUUCUUUGCACCUGUUUUAGGUGAGGAAACUUCCGGAGACACUGAGAGUGCGGCUGGGGUAGAGGAAAGAUGAGGUACCAGAGGGGCUGGGGUGCCAGGGGAGGCGAUGCUGAAAAGCACUGUCGGCGGGGAGGAGAAGGGUGUGGGGAGGGGCUGGAGAGAGAGGCCCUGCCAGGUGCGGGCACGUGCUGCAGACUUGCGUUACUCGAGGCGCUGGGGCUAGAAGAUCUGCGUUCAA